AUGCAAAGAUUACAGAGAUUAUUAGGUCAAACAGGUGGUCUUGGAGGCGCACCACCACAAGAUGGUCCAGUUGUUGAUAAUAAAGAAACUGUUUAUAUUUCUUCAUUAGCUUUAUUAAAAAUGUUAAAACAUGGUAGAGCUGGUGUUCCAAUGGAAGUUAUGGGUUUAAUGCUUGGUGAAUUCGUUGAUGAUUAUACUGUCCAUGUCAUUGAUGUUUUUGCUAUGCCUCAAUCUGGUACUGGUGUUUCUGUUGAAGCUGUUGAUGAUGUUUUCCAAACAAGAAUGAUGGAUAUGUUAAGACAAACUGGUAGAGAUCAAAUGGUUGUUGGUUGGUAUCAUUCUCAUCCAGGGUUUGGUUGUUGGUUAUCAAGUGUUGAUAUAAAUACUCAACAAAGUUUUGAACAAUUAAAUCAAAGAGCUGUUGCUGUGGUUAUUGAUCCUAUACAAUCUGUUAAAGGUAAAGUUGUUAUUGAUGCUUUUAGAUUAAUUAAUGCAAGUAAUCUGAUGUUAGGUAUGGAACCAAGACAAACCACUUCAAAUGUUGGUCAUUUAAAUAAACCUUCAAUUCAAGCUUUAAUUCAUGGUUUGAAUCGUCAUUAUUAUUCAAUGAAUAUUGAUUAUAAAAAAACUCCAUUAGAAACUAACAUGUUAUUAAAUUUACAUAAACAAGAAUGGCAAUCAGGAUUAGUAUUAAAUGAUUAUCAUGAAAAAGAACAUAAAAAUACUCAAUUAACAAAUCAAAUGGUUAAAAUUGCUGAACAAUAUGUUAAAAGAGUCGAGGAAGAGAAAACUUUGGAUGAAGAUCAAUUAAAAACAAGAUAUGUUGGUAAACAAGAUCCAAAGAAACAUCUUUUGGAGACUGCUGAAGGUUUAAUAGAAGAUAAUGUUGUUGGUGUCUUGACUGGAAGUGUUGAUUCUAUAGCAAUUAAAUAA